AUAUCUCCUAGAUAUGGCCCUGUUUGUUUUAUUAUAUUAUAUUUUUUUCAAAAACUUUGUAGGGCGAACACUGAGCGAAAGCAAACCAUUUUAGCCAAACAACGCCGGAUUUUCGUCUAGUGAGAACGCGGAGUCAAAUUUCUCAGUCAAGGCAAGUUAUGCAUGCUCGCAUUAAUUGGAACCCUAUUCGGUGAAACAUUUAUUAUGUAAGAAUCAAAAAUAUUGUUUUUCUGCUCUUGUUUCCUUUAAGUGACGUCGUUUAAACGUGCGGUUGCUUUCUGUGGCAAGAAUUGUUUUCUGGAACCCACUGAGUGUCUCCUGAGUUGGCAAUGUUCUGACGGAUUCCUCGAAAGAUGUUCUUUAAUUGACUUUAGUUUUGAAUAAAUUAGUACGUGUAUUUUGUUCGUUUUGAAAACAUUCAGCUGGUUUCCCAACGAGUGUUCGUCAGUAAGAUUCAUUAUUAAGAUCGAGAACGUUUGGUAUAUCAACUGAUAUGCAAAAAGUUUUGCUAGUCUUGAGCGUGAGAUGGAGGACCGAGCAAUGCUAGCGACAUUGGCUUUUAAAGCCUCAGCAACCUACGAACAAGUCCGGUCGAGUUAUACAGUUGAAUCUGUAAAGUUCCUCUUGAAAAAGCUUGGCAUCCUAGAGCAGGAGAGAGUGCAACCCCUCAGUAUACUUGAAUUAGGCUGCGGUACAGGAAAAUUCACUCGAGUUAUGAUGGAAGUGUUAGAGGGUGUCGACGCACGGGUAAUAGCGAGUGAUCCAACUGAUACCAUGAUACGACAGUUCCAAAGAAUUUUGCCUAAAGUCGAGGUGCUCCAGUGCUAUGCUGAGAACAUUGCUCUUCCAGACUCGAGUGUUGAUGCAGUUGUGGCAGCCCACUGUUUCCACUGGUUUGCAAACCAAGAUGCUGUGACCGAGAUAUACCGGGUAUUAACCCCUGGGGGAUCCCUAGGAAUGAUCUGGACCAUCCCAGAUGAGUCGGUUCCUUGGGUGAAAGAUGUGUCAACUUUUUUUCGCCCACUGGAGGAAGACUUCAAGUGCACUACUUCUAAAGAAACCAUGGGGAAAGUUUUUGAAGAAGUUAGUGAGCGCUUUACUGUCGAGAAGGAUUCUAGUGUUAAGAUUUCGUGGCAGGUUACCUACGAUGGCUGCUACAAGUGCUUCGCUUCAAAGGGCAUUUUGCAAAGUAGCUCGGAUGAAAUCAAAGGACAGUUUAAGACUUGGUUCGAUAAUGUUAUGACAAAGCAUUUUCCUGUAAGGAAAGAAAACCAGAAGUUCACUUUUCCUUUAGUUUUCUUGAUCUGUUGGUGUAGAAAAAUCAACCACGAAAUUUAGGUUUUUGUGGUACAUGAGGGAGAUAAGCCCCUAAAUGGUCGGCUUUCCUUAUAUUCACAUCGUCUUCCAGAAUAUUUGUGAAGGUAUCCCUUGUUUAUUACAUCACGGUCAACCCAAAAUCCUAUAAAAGCGUGUGCAUGACUUUUUGUUAAUUUUGCAAAUGUCCAAAUCAAUGAUGUAUUUAGAUAUUGUACAAAUAAAAAUUUAGACAGUUCCGUGUGCGAUAUAAUGAUAGUUUUACUGCAACCUCAAAGCUUUACGAAUACACCGACGAGAAAAUAACACAAAGUCUAUUAAGCCGUUACUACUUAUGUCAAGUUGUGUCUCAACUAGAGUUCGCUCCAUAAAGCCCGGCUUAAAGGAAACUAAGAGCUUUGGAGUCACUCCAAGUGUUAUACUGUUAAUACUUAG